GCGUUCUCAGCUGCAGGACCGCUUCUCUGCUUUCCAGUUUGCAGAUGAGCUGCAGCUUGAUCGGCCCACGCGUUCCUCACCGCAGCAGAACGGUUCUGGUACCUCUGGGUCGGUGAGUCAGACCUUCAGGGAAGGCGUCAGGCGGUCCAUCUGCGGCGCCGACCCGACAUGAUCCGGUAAGAGACCGUCUGACUGCAGAGGGAACCGACGGAGAUGGUGGUUCUCUGGGUCCAGUAGAUGUUCUGCUGAGUCCGACAGCGAGGAGGAGAACGUCUGAGGUUCUGGACCUUCGUCCACCGACUGAAUCUACGCUCCUGGUCCACGGCUGCAGAUGAAGGAUGGACAUCUGGCUGACCCUGCUCAUAUCGGCCGCCGUCUUCAUCGCCACCGUCCUCCUGGCCGUCGUCUGCCUGGACUGCGGAAACAAAGGUCCUCUGGCCUCCAUCAGUCAGACGGCUGCUUCAGAGGAAUACGUGCCAAGUUCUGGAUUCACCGUCAUCCAUCCACGCCAGCAACGCCCCGACCAGAACACCAUCCACUCCCCCUCCACCCUGAUGCCCCACCCAAAUACUGCUUUCAGCCCAAAUACUGCUGAUGGUGGUUCUGAGCGGAGACUGCGCCCCUAUACGCCAACAGAAACUGAGAGUAAUCCGAGUUACGAGAAUCCAGUACCGGGAACUGAUUUCCAAGACAGUGAUCCUGAAGACAACGGAUACAUAAAGGUACUUCCUGAAAUGGAUCAGAGCCGAGCCUCAACUCCCAGCUCAGAUAAUCAUAACUACGUGAACCUCGGAGAAGAAGAAAAAAAACAAGACACAGACUCAGAAUCUGAGCCCAACUAUCUGAAUGUGGACCAGCUCCAUCAGCCAAGUUCUACGCCUGACAUCUCAUCUCAGAGCGAGCCGGACGACGACGACGACGAUGAUGAUGAGGACAACUAUGUGAAUCAGCCAUCUAUGAUCCACUGUCAGCCCAGCGCCUGAUGGGAGGAACCGCCUCAACACCGCGAGUUCUGCAGCCUAAUCUUCAUCAGAACCUGAAACUGGAUCCACCCAGAGACCUCUCAGCUGCUGAAGCUUCCACCCAGUUUCUGCUUCAGCUAAAAAGCAGUUUCACUCUCACAGCAGCAGCCUUUUCAAUCUCUACAUUUAGGCCCAAAAGGAUUUAUACGUCUGGCAGAUUUAGUUUUAAAGUAAAUAUUUUCAUUUGACCAAGUUGCUGGCUGGAAGUUUUUAUUCUGGAGCAGUUUUCAUCCCCAAAGACAAACACGCAAAGCUGACAGUGAUCAGGUUUCCUUUUACUGAGAAGGGUAGAAAUUAUUUUAACAAACCUUUCUUUUGCUUAAAAGCUACAUAAAAACGGAUUGGCUUCUUUUCUAAUCAUCAAGCAACUUGGUCGAAUGAAAAUCUUUAUCUAAAUGUGCCAGGGGCAUGAAUAGUUUUGAGCUUACCUUUGUGUCACUGAUAGAAGCCCCAUAGAAGCAGGAUUAAAGGGACAAAAGGAGGUGAAAACAUGAACAUUUCCAGGUUCUGCCACAUAAGUGAAGCUCCAGGACCAAAGAAAAGAUUAUUGAUCAUCCAAGACGUUUUCUAUACACGCCUGCAGCUUCAGAAACCAACUAGCUUUAUUGGAACAGAUACAAAUCCCCAAGUUUACGGGAAUGAAACCAAAUAAAACCUCUCUGCCUUACUUGAAUAAAAAAAAAAAAACAGGAAAAUUAGAGAUGAACCGGUCCAUGACACCUCCUGCUGCGGUCUCCAUCUUCAACAACUGUUUCGUUGUUCAGGUUAGACCACAUAGAUCAGGGUAUCAUCUGCAUCAUCAUCUAACCACCAAAACGGGUCAGACUCUUCAGAACCAGCUGAUUUCCCUGCUUACCUGUCAAGAAAUAAACUGAGAUGCUAAUAAAAGUUAGUCUGGAUGAACUGGAAACCCUGUGGGACGGAGCAAUCUGAUCCAGAGCCAAACACUCAGCCCUGUGGGACGCCAUGAUUAGAACAGGAGUGGAGAAACUGUGACCCAUCAAACAAUAAGGGCUGAAACCGGGCCGCAGCUCUGAUGCUAGUUCAGAGUUACAGCCGGGUUUUGUUUUGGUUGAGCUUUGAACGGGACCAGCAAAGAUCCUUAAAAGUCCUGAUGCAUGUUUUUCAUCCAGCCUGUCACACCUUGGUGAUUUUGGUCAUAUAAGACAUCACAGUGCCGAGUACUGCUCUCAGGAUGUCCUUAAGAUUAACAGGAUUAUUUAAAACCAUCAUACAGAUGAAAGCGUCUGGAUCAGGUUGGUUGCUGCUCCGACGCUCCAUGUUCACCUCCUGAGAAAUUCCUUUAAAUGUGACCUUUCAAAAUCCAGAUUCCUGAAAGACUCGUUAAGGUUGGGAACACUAACAUGAAAAAGUCCAGAUUAAUCCAGAUUAGCGCCGAGGUGUGGAGCCUCCCAGCCGUUAGGCAUCAUGUUAAGAACAUGUUUAGUUUCUUUUAUUAAUUCAAUGUAACCUUCCAAAUGAUCCAUAGUUUUUUUAUUGGUGCCAAAAAUCCUGAGGCCCCGAAAACGUUUCAGCUUUGAUUUUACUGACGACUCCUGAGAAUGUCUUAAUCCACCGUCUGUUUCAAUGUUGUUUCCUUAGUCUGUCAACGUGUGAUCUAGAAAUGUUUUUAUCUGAAUUAAAGUGAAAGUACAGAA